GCCUCAGUCCCUGCCAGGUCGAGCAGCCAACAACCCUCUUCUUGUUGGACAUGAAAGUGCAGCAGGGCUGCAACUCAGCAGACAUGGGGAUCCCGGUUACAACCGAAGAAGAAUUGCGCAGAAAUACCGUAAUUACGCCCGAGGAUGUGCUCGGGCUACAGAAGAUCACCAAGAAUUACCUCUGCUCUCCAGAAGAAAAUGUCCACAUGAUCGACUUCACCAGGUUUAAGAUCCGUGACAUGGAAACAGGGACGGUCCUGUUUGAGAUUACUAAGCCUCCAACACCAGCGGGAGGCAAAAAGCACUGUGACCCCAACGCCGGCCGUUUUGUCCGAUACCAGUUCACUCCAGCGUUCCUGCAGUUGCGGCAGGUUGGAGCCACAGUGGAGUUCACAGUGGGCGACACCCCCAUCAACAACUUCCGCAUGAUUGAGAGGCACUACUUCCGCGACCAGCUGCUAAAGAGCUUCGAUUUCGAGUUCGGCUUCUGCAUGCCCAGCAGCAAGAACACAUGCGAGCACAUUUACGAGUUCCCGGCGCUGUCUGAGGAAAUCAUGCGUGAGAUGAUCCUGCAUCCUUACGAGACGCAGUCAGACAGCUUCUACUUUGUGGACAACAAGCUGGUGAUGCACAACAAGGCAGAUUAUUCCUACAGCGGGGGGCCAUAG